CUACUAUCUCUUCUUAACACCUUUUGAUUCUCUUAUUUCUCUCUCCCUCAGAACUACUAGUACUAUCUACUCCAGCAUUUUUACUCUAGAAAAAGAGGAAUUAAAAAAAGAAAAGAAAAACAUCCUCUUUUCACUGACAAAAGUUCUUUCAUUCUCUCUCUUUCUUGUUUUGAGUUUUGGGUGAAAAAACUUUGCUCUAUUUGCAAAGGAAAAAUGGCUAUGGUUCAGGCUAAGGCCAAGUGGGUACUUCUUCUCUUACUUUUCCCAAUACUUGCUUUUAACCCUGAAAACCUCUUUUUAUGUUUCAAUGGGUUGUUCUAAACCAUCCUUAAAAGGGACAUUUUUCAACUACCUGUUUCUCUACAGUAAAAUCUCUGUUCCAACACCAAUAAAAAAUAAACAUACUUUCCCAAAACCCCAUUUUCCUUUUUUCAGCCCACAUUCCUCCAAGAAACAACCUUUUUUCCUUCUUUUUUCUCAAGAAUCUCCUAAUUCUUGGUAUCUUUUUUAACAAAGGUGUAAACUUUCAGCAAGUGUGAGGAGUUUUGGGGGGGGGGAAAUGGGGUGUGUUGCAUCCAAGUUAGAACAAGAAGAAGAGGUAGUUUCCAUUUGCAAAGAGAGAAAACAGCAGCUGAAAUUAGCUGUUGAGAGAAGGUAUACUUUAGCUGAUGCACAUUACAAAUACUGUCAAGCAUUGUAUGGAGUUUCAGCAGCACUUAAGCUCUUUGUUGCUCGCCAUUCUACUCCAACUUCACCAUAUCUAAUCACAUUUCCACCACCUUGUCCCUCUUCUCCUCCUAAAGAAAAAGUGGUUUCAAACCCUCUGUUUCUUCAGCAAACACCUUCUGAACCAACUCAAGAAUCCAUUUGUUGUGGGGCAACAUGCAAAUCUACUACAACCCCAUCAGAUUCUUCUGAGGAAGAAGAGAGAGUAGAGAAAGUUGAGACACAACAGCAGCAUCAGCAACAGCAACAGCAGCCAGGUUAUGGCUAUUUUUACAUGGAAAUGCCCCAAAUGGUACAUUCACCACCAACAGAUUUUGGUUGGGAUUUUUUCAACCCUUUUAAUAGUGUAAGACCAGAGAUAAUUAGUGGGUAUCAUAGGAUUUCUGAAGAGGAUAUAAGGGCAGUAAGGGAACAAGAAGGAAUUCCAGAUUUAGAAGAAGAGGAAGAUGAGGCAGAGGAGGAAGAAGAAGGGAAUGGAAAGAAGGAAGUGAAUAAGGUAGUAGCUGCUGCAGAAAAGGAAAAGAUGGAGCAGAGGGAAAAUGGGAGUGAAGUUGUACAGUCAGUGCAUAAUGCUAAUGUAAACCAAGAGGAACAAAAUGAAGGUUUGACAGUUGUGGAUAAUCCAUUACAUGGGAGGGAAUUACUUGAAGCAUUGACUGACAUUGAAGACCAUUUUGUUAAGGCAUAUGAUUCUGGAAAGGAAGUAUCAAGAAUGCUGGAGGCAAAUUGGGUACAUUCACAGCCUAAUUUGGGGGAACCUAAAGAAAAUUCAACAAAAAUCAUCCCAGCUAUUACUUGGAAGUCACCUUCAUCUCGGUCGUCAUCAUGCAAGAGUCUUGUAGCUUCUAGUUCCAAAAGCUCUUCAACAUGGACAGAAUUCAAGAAUGAUUUAUUUGAUGAUUAUGGUGGAAUGGGCUCUGGGAGCCAUUCGUUGACGCUAGGAAGGUUAUAUGCUUGGGAGAAGAAGCUAUAUGAGGAGGUUAAGGCUGGAGAUAGCACUUGGAAACUAUAUGAGAAGAAGUGCGAUCAACUAAGAAAUCAUGAUGCAAGAGGAGAUGAAGGACGGACAACGGACAAAACCAGAGCAGCAGUAAAAGAACUCUACAGCAGGAUCCUAGUUGCAAUCCGAAGUGCUGAGACCAUAUCAACAAGAAUUGAGAAAUUACGAGAUGAAGAACUGCAGCCUCAAAUCAUUGAACUGCUUCAAGGUAUGAUGAGAACCUGGAAGAUCAUGCUGGAAUGCCAUGAGAUCCAGAACAAGAUUAUAUUCGACGUGAAAAGUUUCACCUGUCCUACAUAUGGGAAGUUCUGCAAUGACUCUCACCGGCUUGCCACACUCCAGCUUGAUGUUGAGCUUCAAAAUUGGCGCACACGCUUCCAAGACUACAUUGCUGCCCAGAAGGCUUACGUGGAGGCACUCCAUGGAUGGCUGUCCAAGUUUACAAUCCCUGAAGUUGAAUUCUACUCCAAAAGGAGGAGUUCAACUCCACAGUGUCGAGCUAAUGGUCCUCCACUUCUCAUGAUUUGUCAUGAUUGGUUGUCUGCCAUGAACAAGUUGCCAGAUAGAGCAGUUUCUGUUGCACUAAAAGGCUGCGGAAAGGAUGUAAGAGCUUUGUGGGUUCAGCAGGGAGAGGAACAGCAACAAAAGCGAAAAGUUGACAGCAUGUCCAAAGAAUUAGAUAGGAAAACAUUGGCAUUCCAAAAGGUAGAGAACAAGCUUUAUGAGUUCAAGCUCACAGACAGAAGCUCGGAGCUCGAAGUUGAUCAUAGAGCUGAGUAUUUGAAGGAGAGGAAAGACUUGCUGGACAGCUUCAGGAAAAGGGUGGAUCUAGAGAAGGAAGAACACCAAAAAUGCAUGCAAGAAACUCAGAGGAUCACUCUUAACGGCUUUCAGACUGGGUUUUGCAGAGUUUUUGAGUCUAUAACAGAAUUUUCCAGGGCAGCUCUAAAUAUGUAUAAUGAACUACUAAGCAGCGGUGAGAAAGCUGAGAAAGUCGGUAACCCACCAUCCAUAGAGAGCUCCCAAGCCGGUGAAGAUGUCAAAAGAUGACUUGGGCUGGUUGUAAUUUCCUUAUUUAUAUGCAUAGGUUGAACUGUUAGUUUGUAUAUUAUUGUGGCAUCAAAGCAGCUCGCUGAGAUGUAGCAACUUGUAUUCAUGGUUGAGUUUCUUGAUGGUCAAAGGCAACAAUUUGUUGGACAGU